AGAGAUGCGCGAGUUCAAGGUAGUCGUCCUCGGCUCGGGCGGGGUAGGCAAGAGUGCACUUACCGUGCAAUUUGUUUCGGGAUGUUUCAUGGAGAAGUACGAUCCGACAAUCGAGGACUUUUAUCGAAAAGAGAUCGAGGUAGACAACUCGCCGUGUGUACUCGAGAUCCUCGAUACUGCCGGUACCGAACAAUUCGCGAGUAUGCGCGAUCUUUAUAUAAAGAACGGUCAAGGCUUCGUCGUCGUUUAUAGUCUGACGAAUCAUCAGACUUUCCAAGAUAUCAAGACAAUGAAGGAAUUGAUAACACGCGUCAAAGGUACUGAGAGGGUGCCGGUGUUGCUUGUCGCGAACAAAGUCGAUUUGGAACAUCAACGUGAAGUGGAUACCGCCGAGGGUAAUGCUUUGGCACAAAUUUGGGGCUGUCCAUUCGUUGAAGCAUCCGCAAAGAGUCGCACGAACGUCAACGAAGUAUUUGCGGAAAUUGUACGCGAGAUGAACUUCAGCCCUGAGAAAGAGAAGAAGAGCUACUGCUGUUGCAGCGUCCUCUAAUAAUUAAUCAAAAUCCUGAACCAGGCUAACCAAGCCAUGUUAGGUAAAGGAACACGCAUAUAGUGGCUGAUCGCAGUACACUGGGUGAAAUUUAUUCAUUCAGUGGCUACGCUCUCUCUCUUAGGCUCAACCCUGGGCUUGUGCUGUGAAAUCGCCAAUCUGUAAGACUAAUAUUACGAUCGUACCCUGGAUUUUUGUGAAUUUGAAUACGUCAAAGACUCAUGCCGUCUCUUGGUUCUUUUUCUAUUGGAAAAUCACAGCCUGCUGUUCGGCCGGCUGUUAAAUAUUUUAAUAUACAUGGAUAGUAUUAUGUGUAAUAUUAUUGUAAUAUAUAAUAAUAGAUGUAAGUGGGCAAUGAAAGAAGUAACUCCGUCAGCAAAGGACCAAUACUCGAAAGAGAAAGAGUGAGAGAGGGGAAUAGCAAAGAAGAAUAGGGAAGGACACAGAUAACGUCAAGGGUGAUAAUAGAACUGCCCUGUGGUAGUUGUUACUUGUUGACAGCAAAACCAAACUUGAUAUGUCUAGCUUUCUGCUCAAUCUAAAAACAAGCACCUGUUGCGUAUUUGUUUCAGUCCAUGAACCUCUAUUACUCGUAGGUUAGAUGCUGAUUGACGAAGCAUCCAAGCUAUUUGCAGAUAUUGAAGGAAUCACUGUGGUGGUCAGCCAUUUGAAAUAGUGAAAAGAAUUUGAAGCAUUGAAGUAAAUGUUGUUUACAAUGUACAGACAAAAAUUGGGAAGAAGACAGAUGGUCUUAGACACAUUGUGCAAUGAUUUCCAUUAACGAUAUAUUACCUAUGCUCAAUUGUCAGAGGCUGCAGUAAAGAAUACUUUGUAUA